CAUAUCUCUUUUUUAGGUUGCCGAUACAUCAGUCAAGCUGCUGCCAAAAAGAAUGUUGAUUUUGAAUAUGAUGGUCCACUAAUGAAGACAGAAGUCCCAGGACCACGAUCAAGAGAAUUAAUUAAACAGCUUAACAACAUACAGAAUGCAGAUGCUGUGAAUUUUUUCUGCAAUUAUGAAGAGAGCCGUGGAAAUUAUCUUGUUGAUGUUGAUGGCAAUCGAAUGCUGGAUUUGUAUUCCCAGAUAUCUUCCAUUCCCAUAGGUUAUAAUCACCCAGCCCUAAUAAAAAUUCUACAACAGCCACAGAAUUUGAGCACGUUUGUCAACAGACCAGCUCUAGGCAUUUUACCCCCUGAGAAUUUCACCGAGAAACUGGAGGAAUCCUUGUUAUCUGUUGGACCAAAGGGUUUGGGCCAAAUAGUUACAAUGUCCUGUGGAUCAUGCUCAAAUGAAAAUGCUUUUAAAUCGAUAUUCAUGUGGUACAGAAACAAAGAAAGAGGCCAAAACAGUGCCACAAAAGAAGAGCUGGAAUCCUGCAUGGUUAACCAGUAUCCAGGAUGCCCUGACUACAGCAUUUUAUCAUUUAUGGGUGGUUUUCACGGACGAACUAUGGGUUGCCUAGCAACAACACAUUCUAAAGCUAUUCACAAACUAGAUAUUCCUUCUUUCGACUGGCCUAUUGCCCCUUUUCCAAGACUAAAGUACCCAUUGGAGCAGUUUGCAAAGGAAAACCAAGAUGAAGAGGCCCACUGUUUGGAAGAGGUUGAAGACUUGAUUGUACAAUACAGGAAAAAGAAAAAAACUGUUGCAGGAAUUGUUACAGAGCCAAUCCAGUCAGAAGGAGGAGACAACCAUGCAUCCGAUGACUUCUUUAGAAAACUGAGAGAUAUUGCUCGUAAGCAUGGAUGCGCAUUUUUAGUGGAUGAGGUUCAAACUGGAGGAGGAGCAACUGGGAAAUUUUGGGCCCACGAACAUUGGGGCUUGGACGAUCCAGCUGAUGUUGUUUCCUUCAGUAAGAAAAUGAUGACAGGAGGGUUCUUCUUUAAGGAGGAACUUCGUCCUGAUGCACCUUACCGAAUUUUCAACACCUGGCUUGGUGACCCCUCCAAAACACUUCUGCUGGCCGAAGUUUUAAAUGUCAUAAAGCGAGAGGAUCUCCUAAACAAUGCUGUACAAUCUGGAAAAGUUCUUUUAGAUGGCCUUCUGGAUGUCCAGUCCCGGUAUCCACAUCUUGUGAGCAGAGCUAGAGGUAGAGGGACAUUCUGUGCUUUUGACGCUCCAAAUGAUGCAACCCGGGUUAAGUUAAUAUCACAAGCAAGAAAUAAAGGUGUGGUACUAGGAGGUUGUGGUGACCGAUCCAUCCGCUUCAGGCCAACCUUGGUCUUCAAAGACCACCAUGCACACCUCUUCUUGAACAUCUUCAAUGACAUCCUGAGGGAUUUCAAGUAG